AUGGCUAAGAAAGUAUAUUCCUGCUACCUGCGCAGACGCCGCCCUGCCCAUGACAAGACAUCGGAGAGUCCCCUCAGUGUGCAGGAGAGCCCCCUAGCGGUAGCGGAAAUGGUCAAAGGUGAAGAUGACGAGGAGCUGACCGCCAAGGAUCUACUGUCCUUUGCUUUGCAUACAGCUCGGGGAAUGCAGCACCUGGAAGCUAACAGUAUCUCGGACUUCGGUCUAGCGAGAGAUGUAGAGGGUGUGGAUGUGUACGAGAGGACGUCUAAGGGGCCUCUCCCUGUCCGGUGGAUGUCCCCUGAUGCCUUGAUGGAGGGGUUUCACAGUCACAAGGCAGACGUCUGGGCCUUCGGGGUGCUCCUGUGGGAGAUAGUCACACUAGGUAGCUAA